CAACCAUAAAUCAUAGAGGGGGAGUGAACCAAGAAACUGAAAACCAUUUCAAUUCAUCUUUGUUGUUUUGCUUGGUACACAAGAAGAAGUAAAAGUUCAGCAGAUGGAUAGGAUGAAUGAGGGAUUUCAUCCGGAGAGAACAUUGCCAAAUCCACCUCCAUUGCCAGUAGCUUUGACAACUUACUCAUAUAAAAGCAGGAAAUCACCACAUUGCUCUUUUUCUACUGCUACGAAGCAUACGUGGGAUAGCCUCUUUGAUGAAGGUUACAGAGCCGAUGUCUCAAUCUAUACAGAUAAUGGUGGCAUCAUCUAUGCACAUGCUAGUAUUCUGAGUAUGGCUUCUCCAGUAUUCAAAAGUAUGUUGAAUUUGAAACAGUCAAGAGCUCAUAGUAGGAGUGGUCAUAGGAGAUCAAUCUCUAUACGUGGGGUUCCACCUGAAGCUGUUCAAAUUUUCAUUAGAUUCUUGUAUUCUUCCUGCUUUGAAGAAGAUAAAAUGCAGAAGCAUGCACUGAGUGUAUUGGUGCUCUCACAUGCAUAUGCAAUCCCCCAUCUAAAGCGAAAAUGUGAGUGUCAACUACUGGACAAAGGAUUGAUAACUAGGGAUAAUGUGGUUGACAUAUUUCAGCUUGCACUUUUAUGUGAUGCCCCUCGGCUUAGCCUCUUCUGUCACCGCUUUAUGCUCAAACAUUUCAAGGCUAUUUCUGGCACAGAUGGAUGGGAUGCCAUGAAAAAGAGUCACCCAGUGCUUGAAAAACAGAUUUUGAAAUCUGUAAUUGAUGAGGAUAUUAGGGAUAAGGAAAGGGUAAGAAAAAUCAACGAGAGAAAAGUGUACAUGCAACUAUACGAGGCAAUGGAAGCUUUGGUUCACAUAUGCAAAGAUGGUUGUCAAACCAUUGGUCCAUAUGAUAAAAUCUUGAAAAAGGAUCAACUACCAUGCAAAUAUUCAGCAUGCAAAGGGCUAGAAUUGGUCAUUCGUCAUUUUGCAGGAUGUGAAAUGAGAGUUGGUGGUGGCUGCAAACACUGCAAGAGAAUGUGGCAAGUGUUGGAACUACAUUCUCGCCUUUGUGCUAAUUCGGAUGUUUGUGGAGUUCCUUUAUGCAGCUUUGAUCCAGGAGUCAUCGUUUAAUGCUUCAUCAAACUUCUUGGGUUCCAGUUGUGAUAUCAAAGCGAAUACUGUCAUCGGCCUGUGAGAGGAUCUGGUUUGCAUCUUUGCUUUUGGAUCCCCAAGAAUGAAUUCGUUUGGAAAACUGGCUUCACUUCUCCAUUCUAGUGGAAUAUUUAUUUGUUGUGGCUCGGAAGCAGUUUUG